UGGCAAGCAGCUAUGAUCAGGCUGCCUGCGUUCUCUGUCAGCGGGUGGUAUAGCCUCCAGACUGUGUGGGCGCAGUUGAAAAGUUUCUUAUAAAAGCGAUGAUUCCGGAGUCUCGUAUUACGCGCGUCCCACCCCUCUGUAACAAUUGUUUCUUACUACGAUUCCUUCCACCUACUCCGUUUCUCCUUCGUAGUAUUUCUUCGAAAAGCUCCCGUCACUAAAGGAAAUCUGGUCUAUGGUUUUGGCUGAAGAAGGUUCCACGAUGUCUCGGACUGACGAAGUACACCGUAUAACGGAGAAUGUCUAUAAGUCCAUUAUGGAGCAGUUCAACCCGUGCUUGCGGAACUUCGUGGCCAUGGGGAAGAGUUACGAGAAGGCCCUAUCCAGUGUCACAUUUGCUGCAAAGGGCUACUUCGAGGCACUGGUGAGGAUGGGAGAGAUGGCCAGCGAAAGUCAAGGCUCUAAGGAUCUUGAAGAGGCAGCAUGGGAUGUACUGUUUCAGAUGGCUGAGGUCCACAGGCAGAUCCAGAUGCAGCUUGAAGAUAUGCUGAAGUCGUUCCACAAUGAGCUUCUAACCGAGCUGGAGAAGAAGGUGGAGCUGGAUGCACGCUACCUGAAUGCGGCUCUGAAGAAGUACCAGAUGGAGCACAAGAGUAAAGGAGAGAGUCUGGAGAAGUGUCAGGCAGAACUGAAGAAGCUCCGCAGGAAGAGCCAGGGCAGCAAGAACCCCUCCAAGUACGGAGACAAGGAAAUGCAGUAUGUUGAGACCAUUGGCAGCAAGCAGAGUGACCUGGACCAGUACACAGCAGAGGGCUACAAGAGUGCGCUGUCAGAGGAGAGGAGGAGGUACUGUUUCCUGGUGGACAGACAGUGUGCCGUGGCCAAGAACAGCAGCUCCUUCCAUAGCAAGGGUAAGGACCUGCUAGCCCAGAAGAUCCCGGCAUGGCAGCAGGCGUGUGCUGACCCUACCAAGCUGCCUGACCGUGCCAUGCUCCUGGCUCAGCAGAUGACCUCUACAGGGGGUUCCCUGGGAUCAGUCUCCCACACCCACCAUGGUUCAAAGGGAAACCUGCUCAUCUCUGACCCCAUUCCCGGGGCCAAACCCCUGCCUGUACCCCCCGAGCUGGCUGCCCUCAUGGGCCAACAGCGUAUAAUGGGACCAGGAGGAGUGGAUGGAGGGAUGCCCAUGAUGAAUGGAACGACAGGGGCCCACGGAGGAGCAGGAGGGGGAGGAGGGGAGGACUACCAACACUGGAUGGAAGGGAAGAUGGCCCAGGCUCAGGCCCAGGCCCAGGCUCAGACCCAGGCUCAGGCUCAGGCUCAGGCCCAGGCCCAGGCUCAGGCCCAGGCUCAGUCCCAUGCUCAGGCCCAAGCUCAGGCCCAAGCUCAGACCCAGCAGGCUCAGGCCUCCUCCCAGGCCCAGCACCUUUCCCAGCCCCACAGACAGGGCAGUGAGGUCUACUCCAACACCCUGCCUGUCCGUAAGAACGCCCCAGCCAAGAGCAACACCACCAUGGUUCCAGAGACCCGGACCCUGCCCCGGUCCAGCUCCAUGGCUGUAGGGCUGGAGAAGAACGGACGUACCCGUGUCCAGGCCGUUUUCUCCCAUGCAGCGGGGGACAACAGCACCUUGCUCAGCUUCUCUGAAGGAGAUGUCAUCACCCUGUUGGUCCCGGAGGCCCGCGACGGAUGGCACUAUGGAGAGAAGGAAAAUAACUACAUGCGUGGCUGGUUCCCUUUCUCCUACACACGUGUCAUCCCCGAGACUGACAGCAACAAACUACGAGUCAACAAUCUCCACCAUGGUAAGAGCAGCAGCACGGGGAACCUGUUGGAGAGAGAGGACAUGGCAGGUGUCCCUCCCCCAGACUACGGCAUGUCAUCUCGCCUGCUGGCACAGAGCAUGCAGAGCGCAGCCAUGGCUCACAGCAGCAGACGGCAACAACGGCCAUAUAGCGUGGCAGGGCCGGGCUUCUCACAGCAAGGACUUGAACAGUAUGAGCAACGUUUUCCGAAGAGUGGGAGGCUUUUGAGUGAACAGUUUGCCCACUUUUGAGACGGCAGGACCCCCCCCCCCCCUCUGUCCCCCCCACCAGCCCAGUCCACUGAGGACCAACCCAGGCCUCUCAUCUCUGACCAUGACCAAUCUCCUCCUCCAAUCCUCUAUUAGCUCCAUGCUCUACUUCCUGUUAUCCUUGGUUCUGAUUGGUUGCUGUGAGGCACGGAUAUAUUUAGCCAGCAAAAUUUGAAGAGAAGAACCCUGAUUCUGCUGUAAAAAUCCAAGCACACACAGCAUUGAUCUUAAGUACUGUAGACGAUGUAUUGCCUUUGACAUUUAGUUUUAGCAGGACCUAUGAUUACUGAACAUACCUGUCAUACCUGUCUAACUGAACUAUCCAUAGCAUUCAAGCCCAACUAGCCUUGGACUGUAUCUUCAAUACAAUUAAAGCAUUUGAAAACUGUUAUAUACUGUAUGCAGGAAAUUGUAGCUUAAUCUGUUAUUUGUUACGAAUAAUGAUUUAUGCAUACAUUAAGUUUAAGAAGAUGUCGUUGUUUGAUCUAUAUUAAUUUGGGGGUCUAGUUCUAUGAUCUGGUCAUACAGCAUGUUACUUUUUGCCUUUUGGAAUUUGUAAGAUUUGUUGGGAAUAUCUUUAGUUUGUCUGAGUAAUACAUUUGUCACAAAGUAAAGUAUUUUCUAAAUCUCAAAGGGCCUAUAUUACGGAGAAUAAACAGAACACUGGACAGGCUGGCUGUGUGUAAAAACAUUCUACUGGAGUCCUGGCUCUACUGGAGUCCUGGCUCUACUGGAGUCCUGGCUCUACUGGAGUCCUGGCUCUACUGGAGUCCUGGCU